ACUGGUUUUUCCUAAUAAACUGUUGUCAUUCGACUAACAAUUUUUAAUCUUAUUAUCCAAGACAAAAGCGGAUUUGUGAAACAAACAAAACUAGUCAUAAGAGUCGACUGUUUUUCAUUUCCAUUUGUUGAUCCAAAUCUUUCACUAGGAUUAUGCAACGGACAGAAUAUUUGGUUUCAUUUUCACCAAUUAUGAAACAUCUUAUAUCAUCGAAACAAAAGUAUGAAAUUACAUUAAAUCGAAUGCGAUGUGCGCGUACAAUUUCAAUUUUUGUCUUGUGUGUAUAGUGGCGGUAUGUUAUGUUUAGUCAGCCGCGAUCCAAUCAUUGUGUGCAUCGACUGGUCGGUUAUCGUUCGGGCACUCUCCACAUACUCACACAACCGAUGUUCGAUCAUUCCAUAAAACAAAAUUUCUGUUCCAAAAUAAUAUAUGUGUGCACUGUUGUAAUAAUAAUGGUAUACGGUUUGCUCACGUUGUUUUUAUUAUUUUUAUAUUAGUUCAUUUGCCUUUGUUUCGUCAGCGACUGUUCCAUUUGGUUCGGCCAAACCGAUGAUGAUGAUGACUGCUAUAUGAAAGAAUUUACAAAAAACUAUAGAAAAUUGUCCAUUGACUUUUGUUCAUUUCUUUAUUGUGUGUUAAUCUACCUUUUUGUUCAAUGUAUCAAUAUUGUUUUUCGAUCAUUGAUCGUUUAUAAAUCAAUCAAUCAAAAAAAACCUAGUGACAUGAUGAUGACAAUCAAUACCACUGCAUUAUCACCAAGUUCAGAGAUAAAAGAUUCAGCAACAGCAUCAACAUUUAAAGUUUGUUCAAAAGAGUUAACAACAACAUUACCAAAACGACAAUUAGAUCAUUUUUCAAUAUCGAUAGUGCAGGAAUGUACUGCCAUUAAAAAAGGUUUACUAUGGGAACAACAACAAACAAGAUUCUUUUUCAAUCGUUGGAAAGAACGUUUUUUCAUUCUAACACAAGAUUAUCUAACAUGUUUUAAAAAAGGUUCGAAAAAAGUUGGCAUGUCCGAAAUGGGUAGCUUUGUUUAUAAGAUAAAUUUAAAUGAAAUUAAAAAUUUAAAUUGGGUCGAUAAAAAAAAGAAUGGCGUAAUCGGUGUACAAUUAGCAAAUACAAUGAUAUUCUUAUGGAAUAAUGUUGAUACCGUUUUGGAUGAAUGGAUGUCCGUGUUACAAGAUUCGACUAUUCGAACCAAAGAUCGCCGUUCAGAAGCAUCUAUACGUAAAUCAUCAACAUUGUUGCCGAAUAUGUUGCAUUCAUCGAAUGUUAAUGGUAGUAAUGAUGAUAAAUUUACGAAAACUGAAAUGAUUCAAAGGAAUGAUUCACCAAGUGUAAUAUUGAAAUCAUCGGCUAACAGUAACAAUAAAUUAAUAAAUGAAAUUAUUAUACCGCCACCACCUCCACCGCGAAGAUAUCUUCGUUGUCUGUCGACAGAUUUAGGCACAAUGAAUACACAUUCAGAUACAAAAGUAGUAAUGACACCGAGUUUAUCUCGUAAUUCAAUGGCUAUUCAUAAUUCACCCAUAAUGGUCAACAAUAAUAAUAAAACAAUAUGGACGAAAACAAAUUCGGAUAUUGUGAAAGCAAAAGAUUCGACAACAAUAGUGGCCAGAAAACCGUCCGAUACAAGCAGUACUGCCUCGUCAUCAUUAAUGUCACAAUCAUUACGCUGUAAAUCAUCAUAUGCGCUUCAAUAUUCACCAUUAAUGGUGAAUAACAAUAAUUCACCAACACAAAUGAAUCAACAGCAACGACGUAUCACUGCCAAACGAAUAUCAACAUUUCAACAACAGAAUAAUCAUCAUCCAAUACAAAAUAUGAUGAAAAAUAAUUAUCAAACAUCGAGCUCAUCAACAUCAUCAUUUUUUCAAUCAGCCGAUUCAGAAUUUACAUUUGUAAAUUCAAAGGCAACAACAUUCAAACCUGAUUCAAUAUUUGCCCGUGGCUAUAAAACAACUACCACACAUAAUAAUAACAGCCGUGAUUCACCAACAAAUAUUAAUUAUGGAUCACGAGCAAAUCGUAUUUCAUCAUCUGCAUCAUUAAUGUUGAAUCAUAGACGUAAAGAUCGCUUCAUAUUGCAAACACCAACACCACCACCGGUACCACCACAUCGUACACAUUUGCAUAAUUUUUAAUUUUCUGUGUUUUCGAUUCCAACUUUACAGUAUAGAUUUUUUACUUUGUUUCUCAUCAUCACUAUAAUACUAAUUAAGCUUACAUUGUGAUACUUGUCAAUUGAUUAAUUGAUUUGUUUCAUUGUAUAAAAGAAGAAAAUGAUGGCAUCAUUUAUUAGCGAAACAAAAAUAAUUAAAAAGACAGCAGAUUUUUUUCAAAGAACAUUGUCCAAUAACAAUAACAGCAACGAUAGAAGGAUUUCAUUGUUCCGAUUUCGUCCAUUAUCGUAAAUAACAAUCGUAUUACAAGAAAUUUUCGAUUUUUUUAUUUGGCUGUCCAUUUUCAUUCGAAUGAUAUUAUUACAAGAAAAACUGUCCACAUAAAUACUACUAAUAGUAUGGAUUACAUUAACAGUGAACUUAUUAGAUCUAUUCAUUUUAAUUAGUCAAUAUGAACAAAAACUCUGUCCAUUUGUCCGAUUUCUCUGUUUUUCAUAUACAGUUUUUGGCCAAUAUUUAGCAUCAUUUUGAAAGUUUGACGACAAUCAAUCAUUAUUUAUAUAUAACGAUUAUAUAGAAAUAAUAAAUAAAUGUAUGAAGAACAGACCAGAUUCUAUGCUCUUUGUUCACAUUGUAUUCAUGAAUUUUAUAUCCAUUUCUUUUCUUUUUUCCUUUUCCGGUUCAUUAUGAUUACAAUGAUUUAAAAUAAAUUCAGUGUAAAAAAAACAAACAUUCUGUUUUUUGUUUCCGGACUUCAAAAUCAAUUGGAAACGGAAAUGAUGACACGAUCGAUUUGAAAAUUGUUACUUUGCUUUUGAAAAGAAAAUAA